AUGUCGGGUGGUGGAGUGGGAGGAUCGAAUUGUAACUUGGCGGCGAAUUCAACAACAUCAACUAAUCUUCCGAAACAGUUGAUGAUUGUUUUGCAAAAUGGAUCACAUAAGGUAGAAUUUAUUUGUCAGAUGUCUGAAAUUAUUCACUUUGGAAUAAUUAAACUUCAUGGUUUUACGUAUGAGCUCAAAAAAUAAAAGAAAAAAUACUCUGCCCAGAAAAUCGGACCCAACUACUUUGCUCCCAUAUUCAUUAAAAAUAUUUUUUUUCUAGGUUCUGUCACUUGGUGCUGAUGUUUUACCCGAAUAUAAAUUACAACCAACCCGAAUACAUCACUGCACAAUUGUACAUUAUAGUCCAUUCAAAGCAGUUUGGGAUUGGAUAAUUUUAUUACUUGUAAUAUACACAGCAAUUUUCACACCAUAUGUUGCAGCUUUUUUACUCCCAGAGGUUGGUUUUUAUUUAUAAUUGAUCAUCAAAAAAAUGUUGAUUUCAGAUUCAAAAAUCUUUCCGGACAACAAAAUUUGCUGAUCCACUUGAAAUCGUCGAUCUAAUAGUUGAUAUAAUGUUUAUUGUUGAUAUUAUUAUAAAUUUUAGAACAACUUAUGUCAAUGAAAAUGAUGAGGUAUGUUUUUUUGGAAUUAAGGAAGGGGCUACUGUAGAAUCUGAAAAAAUCUGAAAUCCAAAAAAAAUGUAAAAGGUGAAUUGGUUUUUCGAUGAAAUCUGGAUACUGUAAUUUUGAAUUUUUGAAGACUCAUAGAACAAUUUAUACGAAUACGAAUCUUAAAGCUACGAAUCUUGAAAAAUUAAAAAUUUCUCAUCAGAAUUCUGGUACAAACUUCCAGUUUGAGAAUUAGAAUCAGAAAUUUUGAGGGCCUUCGAAUUUCAGAUGUUUUUCUAACAAUGCUUUCUCCCAAUUAUUAUUUUCAGGUCGUCUCACAUCCUGGAAAAAUCGCCAACCACUAUUUCAAAGGAUGGUUUAUAAUUGAUAUGAUUGCUGCUGUUCCAUUUGAUUUGCUUCUUGUUAACCCGAAUAAUGAGGAGGUUGGUUGACUAUUCCAAACUCACCUGAAACCCCGCCAUUUUUGCAGACAACAACAUUAAUCGGGUUACUAAAAACUGCUCGUCUUUUACGAUUAGUACGGGUCGCCAGAAAAUUGGAUAGGUAUUCUGAAUAUGGUGCAGCCGUUUUAUUACUUCUUAUGGCUACAUUUGCAUUAAUAGCACAUUGGUUAGCGUGUAUUUGGUAUGCAAUUGGACAUGCUGAAUUAACGCAAGGUGUUGGUGAGGGAGUAAAAGAUCUCAGAGAAUAUACGUGGUUAUAUCAAUUAAGUAUGUUGUUUUUCUUGAAUGUCAAAAUUUUGAAUUCAUGUAUUUACAGGUAAACAAUUAGCUGUCCCGUAUAGUGUAGUGAAUGGUACUGAUCCUGCAAAUAAAUCGAUUGUAAUACAAGGUCCAUCAUUGCGAAGUCGAUAUGUUACAUCUCUUUAUUUUACACUCUCAACUAUCACAUCUAUAGGUAUGUUUUUUUUUUAAAUAUUUUUGUUGGAGUUAUGAUAAUUCAAAAUUAGUUUUAAAUGAGUCUCAUAUUUUUUCAAAAGUUUUAUCAUAUUUUUUACAAAAAAUAUCCAAUUUCUUUUAAAUAAAUUAUUUUUCUUACAGGUUUUGGUAAUGUAUCAGCAAAUACAGAUUCCGAAAAAAUAUUCACAAUUAUAAUGAUGAUAUUAGGUUCAUUAAUGUAUGCCUCAGUUUUUGGAAAUGUGUCAGCAAUAAUUCAACGAUUAUAUUCUGGAACAGCUCGAUAUCACACAGAAAUGUCAAGACUACGCGAAUUUAUUCGAUUUCAUCAGAUUCCGAAUCCAUUGCGACAACGAUUAGAAGAAUAUUUUCAACAUGCUUGGUCUUAUACAAAUGGAAUUGAUAUGAAUCUUGUGCUAAAAGGGUUUCCCGAUUGUUUACAAGCUGAUAUUUGUUUGCAUUUGAAUCGGAAUUUGUUGAGUGGAUGUGCUGCAUUUGCUGGAAGUUCACCUGGUUGUUUAAGAGCGUUGAGUAUGAGGUAUGCUUUUUUGGAAAGAUUUUUAUUAAUUUGUUUUUUUCAGAUUUCGUACAACACAUUCUCCACCUGGUGACACUUUAGUUCAUCGAGGCGAUAUUUUGACGGGCUUGUAUUUUAUAGCACGUGGAAGUGUAGAAAUUCUCAAUGAUGAUAAUACGGUUAUGGGUAUUUUAGGUUAGUUUUUGGGAGAGUUUUGGAAGGUCAUGGAUGAUUUUUAUAUUUUAGUGUGGUUGUAGGCGCGGCUACUACAAAACUAGAUUCUCUAGGCGCUGAUCCUUGAAAAUUGAACUUUCUGGACAGGGGAAAUUUGGUAUAGUAGCUCUCAAGGCGCUGAUCCUUGUCAUAGUGAAUCUAUAGAUGCUGCUCCUACACAAUCAGGUUCUCUAGGCGUGGCUUCCUAAGAACUGGGGUCUCUAGGCUCGGUUACUUAACAACUAGCAUUUCUAGACUCGGCUACUUGUCAUAUAAGCUCUCAAGGCGCGGCUCUGAUGAUCUUCAAAGAUUAAAAUUGAAUCUUCAGAGUGCAAUCUUAUCUUUUGGAACCACAGUCUUAGUUGCGCAGGAAAAUACAGUACUCAAAUAGUUUGCGUUAACAACAGAGGUUUUGCCACGUCAUAAUCAAUACCAUUUUCAGGAAAAGACGAUAUUUUCGGAGAGAAUCCACUAUUAUAUGAUGAAGUUGGAAAAUCAUCUUGUAAUGUUCGCGCAUUGACAUACUGUGAUCUACAUAAAAUUAUGCGAGAUGAAUUGUUGGAUGUUUUGGACAUGUAUCCUGAAUUCGCCGAAACAUUUUGCAAAAACUUGACGAUCACUUAUAAUUUACGAGAUGAUGCACAAAGUUUGAGAAAACGAUUUGAUCGACACAAAUUGCUUCGAAUGUCAUCUUCGUUGAACAAAGAAAGACCUCCAGUUGAUGGUGGGUUUUUUUGGAUUUUGAAUUUUUAAGUUUGAAAAAAUCAUGAAGUGUUUUGGAAUGCACAUAUCUAUUUUUGAGUGUUUUUUCUCUAUUUUCCCCCGAAUGAUUAUCCCGUUUUUUCGUAGGUUGUGAUUCUCUUCAACAACAAUCGCAGACGAUUCGAAGAAGUGCUGAUUCUGUGUCGAGAUGUGAUUCAAUGCCAAUCGAUCGGAGACAAUCUGCAGGAUCAAGAAGUAAGAAUUAAUCCAUUUUCUCCCAUAAUUUUUCAACUAACCCUCGCGUUUUUGAAUGUCGUUCCAUUGAUAUUUCAUAUGCUUUGCUCACUAACAAAUCAUCUGCCUAUUCAGGUUCAUCGCGUUGUUCACCUCCACAUGCAACACUUACCGCAACUCGUUCCGAAGCCACUCCACUUCUUCGACGAGCUCCUCCAAUGACUAAUGGUUUAUGUGAUAAUGAUGAUAAUGAUGCACUUUUUGAUGAUAUUCGAGCAUUUGCACGUGGAAAUACUGUUACAAUUGCAUCACCGCCACAUUCACAACCAUUCUCUUUUAAAGAUAUUCCACCAAUUGGUAAGAAAACACAAAUUUGCAGUGACUUAUGAAAAUGCAUGUCUAUUUUUAAUAAUAUUAAAAAGAAUAUUUAAGUAAAAAUUUAAUAAAAAAUGGAUAAUUUUGUAGAUCGUUCUGUAGAUGAUUAUGAAGAAAGAAAAACAAGCAUGUUUUUGAGGAGGCUCGAAUCACUUGAAAGGUAAGCAUUUUUUCACGAAAAAAAAAUUUUAAAGAAAAUUUUUAACGAAUUUGUGUAUAUUUUUGUAUAGAAAAUGAAUAACAUUAAAAAAAAACAACUUGAAUAAUAUAAAAAUCAAGGGAAAUCAAGGCGAAAAACAUAUAAUCAUAGUAUUUUGGUGCUUGGGGAAAUUUUUUCGAGGUUUUUCUUUUUGCAAUCUCUAUUCUCGAGGAUUUGCUAUCUUUUGCAGCAAAGAUCUUUGAAUUUGGUUGAGUAUGAACGAUUUUAGCAUUUUUGGUGAAAAAACGAAAAACGGUUUUGGGGUUGAGAAAAAUUCACAAAAUUUGUGUUGUCUGGCGUUCUCUCUUACGAGUUUCUAUCUCUCAUUUUUCUCUCCUUCUCCUCGUCUCUUCUAGAUGCAACACUCUCUCGUUUAUUUUUUUCAAUUCGGUUUUUUUUUAAUGAAAUCAGGAAAAAUCGCAGUUUUGAUCGAGAGCAUUAUAUAUGAGAAGAUAGAGAAAGACAAGGCAAAAGCAGAAAAAUAAAAUUCGGACUACGAAAAUGAGGAAAUCGAGGCGAAAAACCUGUAAUCAUAGUUUUUUGGUGUUUGGUGAAAAGUUUUCGAGGUUUUUCUUUUUGCAAUCUCUAUUCUCGAGGAUUUUCUAUCUUUUGCCGCAAAGAUCUUUGAAUUUGGUUGAGUAUGAACGAUUUUAGCAUUUUUGGUGAAAAAACGAAAAAUGUUUUUGGGGUUGAGAAAAAUUCACAAAAUUCGUGUUGUCUGACGUUCUCUCUUACGAGUUUCUAUCUCUCAUUUUUCUCUCCUUCUCUCUCGUCUCUUCUAGACGCAACACUAUCUCGUUUAUUUUUUCGAUUCGGUUUUUUUCGUGGAAUCAGGAAAUUUUGCGAUUUUCACCGAGAACAUCGUAUAUGAGAAGAUAGAGAAAGACAAGGCAAAGAUAGAAAAAUGAAAAUUGGAUUGUAAAGUCCGUAUUUCCUGAAUCAAAAUUCGAGAAAUUUCUUUAGUGAUUACCAAAAAGUAUUAUCACUCUAUAAAUGUUUCCCCUCUUUUCAAUAUCGUUUUUUUCAGCCAAAUCGAACGAAUGCAGAACAAAUUCAACACAGAUAUCGAAUUAUUGAUUCGAUUAGUCAAAGAUCAAUCAAUCAAGAAUGGACCAAAUGGUGACGGAGGUAGGAAUUCGAAAAACUAGACAAGAAACAGAAAAAUGUUCGAAUUCGCAAUCAGGUUGGUUAUUUUGUAUAAUAAAUAUAGAAAAUACUUAUAUAAUCAAAUAUCACCAUGCACAUUUCAUUUAUUUCACCAUUUCCACCCUUCUUUUUUCCUUCUCAAUCCAUAUGGUUUUUUUCUAUAUAUAGUUUUGAAUAUAUAUAUUGUUUUUGCCGUGAACGCAACCAAUAGCAGAAAAAAAGAACAUUGAUUGAUAAGUUUGAGAUUGUGUGCGUGUUGAUAUUUAAUUAUUGUAUUUGAUAUUUAUAUUUUUAUACGAAAUAACCAAUUUUGGUAGCAAAAAUUGGAAUGUUUUUCUUGUUUCGUGUUGUCGUUGAUUUUUCCUCUCACAAUAUUUAGAUAGGCAAAAUAUUUUUGUGAUAAAAUAUCAUGGGUUUUUUGGGAGUUUCAAAGAGUUUAUUGAGUUUUUCAAUGACAAAAAACUAUCAUUAUUUCUGAAAAUGAUCUUUGAUAGUUCAAAAAUAAGUCACGUUUAAAAAUUUUUGAUUUGAUAUUUAAUUGUCAUUAAAUUUUUAUUAAAAAGUAUCUCUUCCAAAUUUUCAGACGUUUUAUUGCAGAUUCACGUUUUCCCUUCACCAUUUUUAUCUCAAAACAUACCAAUAAUUUUCGAUAUUUUUCUCAGAUUCUUCACCAUCAUCUUCAUCAUCUCCACCACAUAUCCAAUCUUCAAUUCGUCAUCGAAAUCCAAUUCCAAACUCAAACUUCAUCUCAUCCGCUGCUGGAAUUCGUUUACCAAAUGGCGGUGGGAAUGGAAAUAGUGGAGGAGUAUUUGAUGAAAUGCGAGUAUCAAGAUUAUCAUCACAUGAUCCGCCAACUCCAACACAAGAAACUGAUACGAUUUUAUAA